UGUCAACUUGCGCGACGCGUCUCGCGCGAAUCAAAAGUCAGUAGUCUCGAGUGUGAGUAAUAGUCAGACGGGGCGCCGAGAGUCAAGAGUGCAACACCAGCCAGAGAGCACCAUCGACAUCUUCAAGGCUCAAGCCGCCCAGCUAUGUGUGACAGGCGUCGAUGCUCUUGGGCAUCCACGCUUGUUAGCAUCACUGCAAGGUCUCAUCAGGCAGCUUCGUUGGCUCUGCAGCUCAAGACUUCGCCACAGCUAUCGUCUCGCGCUCUGCGAGCGAGCUGACCAGACGCUCAUCAAUCACGUCGAGGACGAAGUUGCAGCCAUCGCCAUCGGUCCUUUUGCCUCGCAUCAGAGAAGUUCGAGCUCUGGUUGGCACACCUAGCCACGAGGGUACAAUUAUCGAUGCCAGGGCGUCAAGUAAUGCGCGCCUCUGAGCGCUCUCGCCGCGAUGGCGCACGCGUGCCCCCCACUAGAACAGAGGGCACUAUCGACUCAAGCAGGAACGAUCAGCACGACGACGGAGCGCAGUAUGAUAGCAGUCAGCCAAGCAUGGCGCCUACUGCGCCUCAACCGCUAGCUCCGAGCCUGCUGAGGCCCGGCCAUAUGGUACCCGCAAAUCCUUCUGAGGCGGACGUAGCACCUCACGCCCACCUCCGACCUUUUUCUCGAAUUCGCUUUCAAGCUGGGAACCCGUCUGCUCUAGGACUGCUCGGAGCUCUUCAAGUCGCGCAGCGUGGGAUUUCGCGACCACAGACCGAGCCUUGCGCCCCUUCAAGUAUCGCAGGCCCGAGCCAAGUCGUCCCCGCAAAAUCUCGGUCUACUCCCUCCGCCGUAGACAAUCUUACGACUUCCAAGUUGAAUACACCGAGCCCCGCGUUCCAGUGUGAGAACCUUGGCUCCAUGCUUCAGACUCGCUCCUCUCAGGCUCAAUCCUCAAGCUCGGCUCUCUCGAUGCGGGCUCGAGAUGCUCCAAGAAACGCACCGAGGCAAAAUCGCAGAGCUUCACGCCAAGUACAUCCCCCCUUACCGGACUCUUCUCGAGAAGGGGAGACUCAAAGGGCCAGCUCGCGUGCUGCCCAAAGUGGCCUAGCUACUGGGGGCUCUGCAGGGGAUCCUGUACACCCAGGUUCAGAGGCGGUGUCGGGACGCAUACCAUUGGCUGAAAUCCCAUUGUGGAUCGCCGACGCGAGAGGUCACUCACUCCGGAGGCUAAGAGGAGAACCCGAGCUCAAUGUCGGUGCAGCUCAAGAAGAUGCCUUGGCAAUCUCGAGGCGCAAUAGCGUGAGUGCGGCGUGUACGCAGUCAUCCACUUUCAGCCUGCGCGAUCGAUGCGAGACCUUUCCGCUGAUGCAAUCGGACGCUGCCACGCCAUCGCAGUCUCCGCCAUCUCUGCGGACGGACUCACGGGCGAGCCGACGUUUGGGAGAAGGACUUAAUUCAGAUGGCAGCCUUGCGUCCUCGAGGGCUCCUCCAAACACGCUCUUGAGAGCUUCGCUUAGGCGAGCUCAUACGUACGGCAUAGCUGCUAUCACCAGCAGCAGUCCAGCCGGGAGCCGGGCAACUCAGGAGCGCUCAAUACCAGCACAACGAAGCAGCUCUUCAUCCCGGUCAGGAAGCAUGCGCGCUUUUGCCUUGUUGGACUGCUCUAGAGUUGGGGUGUUGAGGCCCGCCCAUGGAGGUUCGCCUCGGUCAGCUCUUUCCAGUAGCACUGCGAGCGCUCCAACAUCGAGCACUCCGGUGCUUGCGUCCGGACGUAGAGCAAGAGUAGCAAGAGGAGCAAGAUCUCCCUUGCAGCCCUCGUCUCCCUUGCCCUCACGACCACGUAGCAUCAGCCGCUCCCCUUUCGGAGACCUCGACGAGUCUGCUGGAGGUAGCAGCUCGCGCUCAGAUACGCCAGACCCCGAGCCGGCUUCGGGUCGCAGUUCGGAUAUCAUGCCUCGUCGACACGACACUUUUGUUGCAAGCGCCGAAGCCGAAUUGGAGAACUCGGCACAUCUGACUGGUCCGACCAUCGAUACUACUACGACUAGCAUCAGCACGCGCAGCGUGACGGACGUGGGGGACACCGUCGACACUCUGGAUACUAUCGACACCGCUGAGACGAGCCACUCCUUGCGCAGGUCCCGUUCCAACUCGACGAGUCUUUCUCCCGCGAGCCUCUCGGCAUCUCCACGCCGCGCACUGCCCAAGACGCCACCUCGUAGCGGCAAUCGCAAUCGUCGCUAUUCUCCCUAUGCCUCACCCUCACGACGAGGCGACGUGCGACAAAUCGACGAAAACACACCUAGUCCAGUUCGUCGACAAAGACAAAAGGAGGCGGAACGUGCGCGCUUGCUUCAUGAGCAGCGUGAGCAGCGUGCGCAGCUUCUGGGCAGCCAGGCCGACCCUUGAGUCACCCUCACGAAAGCAGUAAAGGGACCCGAGCGUGCGCGCCUCUCGUUGGCAAAGAGAAUGUGCACACGAUACCAAGCAUCACUGUUACACUUCCAAAUAUUUCGCGAUAUCAUCACUUUGGUUGGCGCUGGUGGUCUCCGUGCAAGUGCUCCCAG